AUGACCAAAGGUCUUCCAGAACAGUAUUACAGUCUGACGUGGUUCCUGAGCCCCAUCCUGGGUCUGAUCUUCACACCUCUGAUUGGCUCAGCCAGCGAUCGCUGCACCCUGAAAUGGGGCCGGCGACGCCCUUUCAUCCUGGCCCUGUGUGUGGGGGUGUUGUUUGGAGUAGCACUCUUCCUCAACGGGUCACUCAUAGGACUUGCCGUCGGUGACGUGCCAAAUAACCAGCCCAUAGGGAUUGUUCUGACGGUGCUCGGUGUAGUAGUGCUGGACUUCAGUGCAGACGCAACGGAGGGUCCCAUAAGGGCCUACCUACUAGAUGUAGCAGACACUGAAGAACAAGACAUGGCCCUCAACAUCCACGCCUUCUCCUCUGGUUGUGGGGGAGCGGUGGGCUACGCGCUAGGCGGUCUGGACUGGACCCACACAUUCCUGGGCUCAAUCUUCAAGUCCCAGGAGCAGAUCCUCUUCUUCUUCGCCGCCAUCUUGUUCACUAUCUCUGUGGCGCUGCAUCUGUUCAGCAUCGAAGAGCAGCGGUACAGCCCCCAGCAGGACCGGCUGGACGAGGAGGCCGACGCCGCUUCUUCCACGGCCCACAAGGUCAACUGCUCCCUGGGGAAGCUUCAUGGCCACAACACCCCCCACAUGGAGCUCAUCGGAGAGGACGACAUCUACGACCCUUGUGAUCGUUACGACCGUUAUGAGUUCUACAGGGAUGGUGAUGGGGAAGAGGAUGGGUGCUCAUUGCGCGACAUGGACAUGGACUUCCUGGAUGUGGAGAUGGUGAGGUCCAAGUCGGACUCAGUGCUGCAAAUGGCCGACGCCACACUGGAUCACCUGGACCACGACGCUCUGUCCCUGCUUCACAUCGAGCCCUCCAUCUUCGCUGAUCGCCUGUCGUCCUACCAUGGCUCUCCACCACGCCGCAGCAGCAGCACAGGCAGCCAGGACCUCCUCAAAACCUCCAAAAAGAUCUGCCGGCUGUCCCAGUUCCUGCAGGAGCAGGACCGCGACGGGGAAGAGGCGCUUCUCAACAACCAGCUCAACGAGCAGAAGACGCCAAACGGCCGGGCGCAUGCCAACGGCUUGGGCCAGGGCGCCAACGGGCAUGCCCACAUGGUCAUGAAGAACUCGGCCAGCACAAACGCUUCCAUGCGGCACCGCCGACACAUCUUCUACCGCCAGCCGUCCUGCACUUUCUCCUACUACGGCCGCGUGGGCUCCCACCGCUACCGCUACCGGCGAGCCAACGCCGCGCUACUCAUCAAGCCCUCGCGCAGCUUGAACGACAUCUACGAGGUGCAGCGGAGACAGAAGAGGAAACAGCAGAACCCCAGAGCGCGCCACCAGUCGGGCAACACCAACUCCAGCGGGGACACAGAGAGUGAGGAGGGGGAGACGGAGACCACGGUCAGGCUGCUGUGGCUGUCCAUGCUGAAGAUGCCUCCAGAGCUGAUGAGGCUCUGUGUCUGUCAUCUCCUCACCUGGUUCUCCAUCAUCGCUGAGGCCGUCUUCUACACUGACUUCAUGGGCCAGGUCAUCUACCACGGCGACCCCACGGCACCCGCUAACUCCACGGAACUGCAGAACUACCACAAAGGAGUUCAGAUGGGCUGCUGGGGGCUGGUCAUCUAUGCCUUGACCGCUGCCUCCUGCUCAGCCUUACUGCAGAAGUACCUGGACAACUUUGACCUGAGCAUCAAGGUUAUCUACGUCCUGGGUACGCUGGGCUUCUCCAUCGGUACGGCCAUCAUGGCCAUCUUCCCCAACGUCUAUGUCUCCAUGGUGAUGAUCAGCAGCAUGGGCAUCAUCUCCAUGAGCAUCUCCUACUGCCCUUAUGCCCUCCUGGGACAAUACCAUGAGAUGAAAGAGUACAUCCACCACAGCCCAGGGAACUCCAAGCGUGGCUUCGGCAUCGACUGUGCCAUCCUGUCAUGCCAGGUGUACAUCUCCCAGAUCCUGGUGGCAUCGGCGCUGGGCGCUGCAGUGGACGCCACGGGUAGUGUGCGGGUCAUCCCUAUGGUGGCGUCCGGUGGCUCCUUCCUGGGUUUCCUCACCGCCUGGUUCCUGGUCAUCUACCCGAGCCACGGCGAUGCGGAGGCCAAGGGUGAGCAGAAAGCUUUAACAGGGCCCUCCUCUGAAAGCAGCGGCACAGAGAAACCCAGUGUUCUAAAACUGACCAAGAAAGGCGCCGCCACCACUACGUGUAAAGUGGAGUGCGAAUCCACUCUGUGAUGGGGGGUUACUGUUACCAUAGCAAUGCAAACGACAUCAACAAACGAUGAAAAUAAAAACUGACAUUCCCUUUUCCGCCACCCAAGACUGUGCUGCAUGGCAUGGGCUUGACCGACCUGCUCUUUCUCUGAGACACAUGGGCCAGGAUGUUUUAAGGUUUAAUUUGUACUUUUUUCAUUUAAUAUGGGGCCUCUCUCGUGUCGCGGUCUCAGGACUGUGGUGUGGCGAGGAGAGGACAAUCAUCUCUCCCUCUCAGGGCCACCAGGAGCCGCCAUCAAGGCGGUCCGACUGGAUAGGACAGAUCAGGGGACAAUGGAUACACACGCGACCGACCGUCGUUCACACGCUGAACUGGGAUCUCUCGAAAAGACAUGCACUUCACUCUUGCACUUCCAAUCAUGGGUCAAGACAAAAAUAGUUUAAGAGAUAUUUUAUUCUUCUAAUAAGUGAAUCAUUUGAAAAUACUGAAAAUUGCUCUUCCUUUUGAUUGAACAUUUUAUUUAGUUUAUUUUACUCUAUAUAUUUUUGACAUGAUAUUGCAGAAGGACAUUGUAAUCACCAAAUGUGGCCAGGCCCGGUAUAAUUUACAGGGUUGAUGUUUUACUUUUUGGACUUUAAAGGUUUUUAGUGGCUUUAAGAGGAAACGGCACAGGUAUAAGGAGGUGAUUUCUUGGUUAGGAGAGCAUCUCCAAAGUGAGGAGCGAAAGAAGGCAUUGUUUGGUAAAUAGUUCUCUUAUUUAUUUUAUUUUAGCACAUACUAAGUUGUCAUAAGACCAGUUACACUAUAUCUACACGUAGAUAUCUUUAUCCUCUCUAGUAAUUUAUACUAAGGAUCCUAUUUUCCACCUUUCAGUAUAAAUCCUUCAGAGAUCACGUCCUUAAGGGCAUUACCAUUGACGGAGAACAGAAACACUUUAAGAGAAAGAAUCUCAGUGCUGCGUUGGAGUUACGAAGGAGUGCAUACCAAACGAAGGAGAGAAGCUGAGGAGCGCUGUAAGGAGCUUGGAAGGUUUUCUGUCUCAGUGAGAAGAAACAGAUUUCGGGCUUAAUUUCCUUUACUACUACUUAUUUUUCUUUCUCUUGUUUCAAAUGCAAUGUUAAUGGAUUGUGUCACUCGCUGCACAAUUUCAGCUGUUGUCCUUUUUUUGAGGAUGUUACUAAAACUAGCUAGAUGUUUGUCAAAUGUGGGAGUGAGGUUAGAUGGAGGGUUGGGGGAGGAGCCCCUAGGCAGAACUUAAACUGUGCAGGAAUUGAAGUUGGUUCUUUUCCUACUACAUAGGUCUUCUAUUUUCAGUUUCUAACUGAAUGAAAAAGAAGUAAUGGGUCUUAAAAGAAGAGUAAUAUCCUCUCACUUUUGUAGUCUGUUUACAUUUUAGAAACCUGGUUGCUGCAUGGUUUGGGCCAUGUGGCGAGUUGUGCUGUGCUCUCUGAAGCAGCCCUAGCUAAAUGCUAACCCGCCAGCCAUGUUGGCUCUGCAUGGCCUACAUACAGUGUAUUGGGAAAGUAUUCAGACCCCUUCCGUUUUUCCACAUUUUGUUACGCCUUAUUCUAAAAUGGAUUAA